GCUAGCACGAAAUUUCCGCUUUAGCUUGGUAGCCGGAUGCUAAUAAACAGAUACCCGGUACCUUUCGUUAGGACAACGCCUUCGCCACCGAGACUGUAAUCAGCAUGUUAUAAUCUCAUCAGGGAUAAGUAUUUGAGGUGUUUAAAAGGUGAUAUUCCAAUAGUCUGAACACAACUUUGACCAUGGGGAAGAGGUACUACUGUGACUACUGCGACCGGUCCUUUCAGGACAACAUGCAUAACAGAAAAAAACAUCUGAAUGGUGUUCAGCAUCACAGAGCAAAAAAAGCUUGGUUUGACAAUUUUAGAGACUCUGCAGCUAUCCUGAAUGAUGAGCAAGAAAAGAAGCCCUGCAGGAAGUUUCUCCAAAAAGGAAUUUGUGAUUUUGGCUUCAACUGCAGAUUUUCUCAUAUGACAGAAGAGGAGCUAUUUAACUUAAAAAGACAGGUGGAAGAUGAAAGACAACACAGAGAGGACUCUGAGGACAGAAUUAUGCCUGGACGAAGUAUAGAAGAAUGGCUCUCGAGAAGGGAAAAGAAGAGAGCUGCCCUCGGUAGUAAAGGAGAUCUAAAAAACGAGGAAGACAGUGAGGAAAGUCAAGCAGAAAAUGGCAUACUUCAGCAGCUCCUCUCCAUUCCUGACCUACCGCCCUCGCUUCAACCCCCUCCUCCAGGCGGGUGGAAAGUCAACAUGAACACUGAGUGGGGUUGAGUGACAUUCACUUUGAGGCUUCAGAUGACUGCUAAGCCAAUACCUAACAUUAAUAAAAAGAGGACUGGUACAGAAUACGAAUAUUAUUUUAGUUUUUUAAGGAUUUUCAGCAUGAAAGGAAGAUUUCACUUGUUGUUUGUUGCUGUUUUUCAUUUGAAUAAUAAAUUUAUUUUUUUAGAUGAGGAAAGUAUUUGCAUAUAUUUCAAAACAAAAUCUGAGAUGAACAGUAACUGUACAACAUCAGGGUAAUUGAUGCAGUUUUUGCACUGAUAAGUCACAGAGUGCCCUUAAAGUGAGACUCCUCUGAGGAGUUACAUUUGAUAUCACGUGGGCCCAAAGGGAAUGAAUGAUUGCUGAGCAGAUGGAAACCUUUUUUUUUUUUUGCAUAGUUUUAAUUCUGCGCUGCAUCAUGGGGGAGUCCUUGAUCUCAUGGCUUCAUUUUUAUUACUAACCCAGCCACUAGAAAACACAAUUAAAUUUUCAAAACAAUAUGGACGACGAAGUGAAACACUGGAUUGAAUCUUAUAAUGAAAGUUUUAAUAGUCAGAAACUUUGUUAAUUUAUUUCUUAGUAAGCAUCGUGCAAAUCCCUUGGAUUUGUGACUAAUAUAUUUCUAAUUGUCUUUGGGGGGUUUAAAACCCUCAAGUAUUUAAUAUUCUUUGCUCAGAUUAUGCUGAAAUGUACGCUAGUCACUUAUCAUUAACAACACCUGCCUAAUAUUGUGUAGGCCUCCCUUGUGCUUGAGGCUACCACGGGAUCCUGUUAGGGAAACGGUGGUGGUGGCAAGGUUAGGGAUGUGGCGUCCUGCUUUUGCCUAGCUGAUGCAAGUUGACCAUGUCAGGGAAAGACCCCCAUCCCCUAUGCAUCACAUGUAUGCAUGUUAAACAUGCACAUGUGUUGUUGGCAGACUGGACUCAGAGGAGUCCAGGUCCCCAACCUUGCACAGGUCCUCUAUGCAGUGUGCUGUGGUGUCUGGCACAGGGAUAUUGCAGAUCCUUUGACUCUGUUGAGGUGUUGGGUGGGAAUUCCGUGGAUCAGGCUUGUUUAACCUAAAGAUGCUCUAUCUAUUGUUGUUUUUAAGGAAUCCUCUUUGGUUUGUGUCAUUUGUAUUAUUUCAAUGACAUACAGUCAACUCAAAAAACUUUUUCUUUGGAUUUACUUAAGGAAAGUGGUUCCAUCCAAGUGAGAAACUCUUAAGAAAUACAAAACAGAGUAUUGCAUUACAAUGGGACAAAUGACUCAAGUAAACUUAAAUUGUUUCUUAGGAGUUAACACAGUUGUGUGGAAACAUUUGACAUAACUUUCUCAAUGACAUCAGAUAAAACAAAUGUUGGAGAGUGUAGGAGACUGGGAUAUACAGAGUUUACAGUCCUGUGAAGUUGUUUUUCUUAACCAUUGAAAUAAUUCUGUCAUCAUGCACUUUAGUUGUCUUUUGUGAUCUUUUUAUGCCUUUUGGUGUUGCUGAGCUGACCAGUGUAUUUCUUCCAUUGAAGAAUGAAUCAGAUUGUAGAUUUGGACACUUGUAGUUUUUGCUAUCUCUUUGAUCAA